GAGGCAACUUUUCUUCCUUUCUCGCGACAACCUCUGACUCUACAACAACGUCUCCAUCUUCUUCCUACACAACUCUUUCAAUCUACACACAUCAAAAUGGGUGGCGCUAACAGAGAAGGCGGCAAGGUCAAGCCCUUGAAGCAGGCCAAGAAGGCCCAGAAGGACCUCGACGAGGACGACAUGGCCUUCCUCGAGAAGAAGCGCGCCGACGAGAAGGCUCGCAAGGAGUUGGCCGCCAAGGCGGGAGGCAAGGGCCCUCUCAACACCGGUGGCCAGGGCAUCAAGAAGAGCGGAAAGAAAUAAACGUUCUCGCGUGCUUUUUAGAGACAAGCGAACAGGGCCCAUGAGGGUCGUGGAGGCUCUGGAUGGUGUGAGCGCAUCAGCCAACCUGCGUGCUUUUGGCGUUUUAGACAUUGCCUACUGACGAUACGAUAUAUAUCGCGCGAUGGCUAACGAGAAAUGAAUUCUAUGCUGACCUCAAUGCUUUACAUGUUCUGUGAUUAGAGGUUUAAAUAUAGUUGUAACUGUAAA